AUGCCCAAUUCAAGCACUUUUAAUACUUUCCUUCUUCUAGGUUUCUCUGACAGCUGGGAACAAAAUGUACUGUAUUUCAUUCUUUUAUUAUUGAUUUACUUGUCAGCUCUGACAGCAAACUUUCUCAUCAUUUCAGCUGUGUCCCUUGACCAACAGCUACAUACUCCUAUGUACUUUUUCUUGGUGAAUUUAUCUGUUGUUGAUCUGGGAGCCGUAUCUGUCACCAUCCCAAAUGCCAUGAUUAAUUCCCUCCUGAACACCUGGGAGAUUUCGUAUUCUGGAUGUGUCGCACAAGUGUAUUCCUUGUUCAUUUUCCUUGCAUCAGACAUGUUCCUCCUUACAGGCAUGGCCUAUGAUAGAUAUGUCGCCAUCUGUGACCCACUGCACUAUGAGACAGUCAUGGAUAGAAAAGUCUGCAUCAAGAUGGCGGCCAGUGCAUGGGUUGCUGGUCUUCUUUACUCAGGUUUACAUACUGGUAGCACUUUUGCCAUCACUUUCUGCUCCAACAUAAUCAACCAGUUCUUCUGUGAGAUCCCACAGCUACUGAAAGCAUCUUGUGAUAAUCUGUACCUCAUUGAAUUUGGGGUAGUUGUUUUCAGUGCAUUUGUAGCCUUCUCUUGCUUUAUUUUCAUAAUUGUUUCCUAUGUGCACAUUUUCAAGUCGGUGCUCAAAAUCCCCACCACACAAGGAAGAAACAAAGCUUUCUCAACAUGUUUACCCCACCUUAUUGUGGUCUCCUUGUUUAGCAGCACUGGAGGCUUUGCCUACCUGAAGCCAACCUCACCAUCCCCUUCAGAUUUGGAUCUGGUAGUAGCUGUACUGUAUUCUGUGGUACCUCCACUGAUGAAUCCAAUUGUCUAUACAAUGAGGAACAAGGCAAUCAAAACUGCACUAUGGAAAAUGUUUCAAUGUGGCAUUUAUUUCAGGAAGAAAAGCAAGGCUUCCCCUUAUCAAUCUGGUUCCCUAGCAUAA